CGGAAGAAGAUCCCCACAAAGCGGCCCUAUUUCUUUUCAGCCAGAAAAAGUCGAAGAAUCCGAAUACCGACGAUGUACGCCAGGACAAAUACCGGCAGCACACAUGGAGACUUUCAAGACAGAAACGGAGUGAAUUAUGUGACAUCGACAGAGUCUUUCGGCCACUGCUCUCAAUUGUUCUGGAAAAAGGAUCCGAACGACUCCGGACCGAGUUCGACCAUCAGCUGGUGUGAUCAGCUCCCUUCGUCCUCAGCAGCCCUCUCCAGUUCCAGUCUCUCCUCAGCGUCACUGUCCAGCUCCAGUCUGUCCAUGGAGUCCCGAGCGCCGGCACCACCAGCAGCGACGACGGCGUCAGACGACAUGGAGUCAGACGAGAGGCCGUACGUCUGCGACCUAUGCAGCUGCGCCUACAAGCAUGCCAGCUCCCUGCUCAACCACAAGCUCACCCACAAGACUGGAGACUUCAGGUGCGACUUUUGUAGCAAGCCCUACACCAACUACAUGUCCCUGCGCAACCACAUGCGAAUUCACGGUCAGAAGCGUUACAUGUGCGACCUGUGCGGCAAGGCUUUUCGCUUAGCCCGGUACCUCCGCAACCACCAGAGGAUCCACGAUGAUGGGCCCAACCGCUUUGACUGUCCCUCCUGCUGCAAGAGCUACAGGACCAUGCUGGAGCUGGCCCAGCACCGCUGCACCGCUGCUGCGUCCAACCAGAACCGGUUCAACUGCCCGUCCUGCUUUAAGAGCUACCGAACCAUGCUGGACCUGGCCCAGCACCGCUGCAGCGCCGCGGCCAAAAACCAGUCCGGCGGCCGUCGUUCCAAUUUCUCCAACGCUCGCCGUCAGCAGCAGCAGCAACAGCAGCAACAACAGCAACAGCAGAACAGUGCUAACUCCAUGAUGCAACCGCCGCAUGGAGGACACGGCCAGCAGGAACCUCUGCCCUCCCACUGCGUCUCCCCCAUGUCCCAGGGAGGGCAGGGCGGCGGUGUGAGCAGCCAGCCUGUGCCUGACCCCCACCAGGGCCGUCCCAGCUCGGUGUCCUCCCAGAGCAGCCAGCAGAGCAUGAGGAGCUCGUCCUCCAACAAACACGUCUCCUCCAGCGCCGCCCCGUCCUCCUCCUACUCCCUGCUCCAGCCCCUGGUGCCUGAGGUAAAGGAGAUGAGCUCGGGAUACACUAGGCUGAGCGCCAACCCCAUGCCGAAGCACCAGGACACUUUCUCUCUGACCCCCCAGCGGCCCCUCACCACCAUCAACCCCAUCGGCCACUCCCUCCAUCCGAAUGGAGCGCCCACGCUCAAGCCUUCCCCCGUGCCACGCACCAUCCAGGCCAUGCCCUGGGAGCAGCGCUCCCUCUACAAUCAAUGAGACCCCCAGAAACCAGCCGCCCCCCUUCACGUCGCGUCCACCGCCAUCCCCACACACCCUCCUCCUCCUCUCCACCUCUUUCGGACCCAGCAUCGAGGAGGGGGGAGUUGGGAACGCCCCUCCACUGCCUCACCCCUCCUUUGGAACGUUGUGUUUGGGAACGGGGAAGGGCACAUUGAGAACUAGUUGAGAUUGAUUACUGAGUAGUUAGGUUUAAAAAAUGUGUUGCCUUGACCCUCAUGUAUGAUCUAUGCCAUGUACUGGAUAUAAGUUAAAACGUCUGUCCCCUAAUCUGUCCUGUCACUAAGAAUUUAUCUCCCCAUCCUCCUCUCCCACUCUAGUUAUGAAAAUAUCUAUCCUCUCCAUUAUGAAUAGUGUCUCUCCCCACCCCGCCCCCCCUUUUUCCAUAUGUUAAAUGAAACGAAAGGCUAUUUUUAUCAAGAGUCUGUUCCAUACCCUGAAAGAAGAGGGAUUCCAGGGCGCCAAGUAGAUGUGACGAAGUCGUCCCUUCAGUCUGAUAUGUUUUUGAACAUAAAACCCAACUUUUUGUCAAAUGAGGCUUUUGGAAAGGAGAAGGUGAAACUUUCUUCUUCUUUUUUUUUUGUUUUUUUUUUUUAUUUCAAAACAUACCCCUUCAACGUGCUCCAGAAUGAAGAUUGUGUAUUUUGUGUGUUAGGAGGUGUCAUGACUAUUUCAGUUCUCCGUGACGUUACAGCGCCCACACCUCUCGCCUCCGAGCAGCAGCCGCCGCAGCAGCAGCAGCAGCAGCAGCAGCAGCAGCAGCAGCAGCAGCAAGGACCACGACUCAGCUGUUGUUCUGCAAAACCUUUUGACAUGUACUCGCCAGUUUGGCUUCUCUGUGUUGUGAAGAACGAAGCCCUGCUGUUGGAAAGGACCUCAAUGUUCCAGUUUGGCACAGUUACCUUCUUUUAACACACAACUGAAAGCUCACUUUUUUCUAAACUUGCAUCUGACUGGUGGCUUGUUGUUACUGUAGUUUUAAUAAUCUGUUGGCUGGGAAUCACAUCUAGAAAAUAACAAUACAGGUCUCCAUCCCCUUUUGUUCCAAACUGACUGUUAACAUGUUUGUUCCUUUCACUUUAAGGCACUUUAAGACAAGUGCUGUGUAAUUCUUACCGUCUCUCCGCCCUCUGUCUGGAGCUGUGUCGGCUGUAAAGAUGUAACAUUGCCUUACAUCGACCCCUCGUCCCGACUCACUCACACGAUCACCAGUGACUUAGCAGCAGUACUGGGCCAGGUUUGAGCCCAUAACACGGCUGCAUCUGGAAGCUACAGCGGCCAAAACACAGUAUGUCUGCAGCUCUGGAACCCCCACCCUCACCUCGGCUCCAGCACACGCCCUCCAGUGUCGCUUUUCUUGUAGAAGAUGCCUCCGUCUCACUGCUCCCAGGAUGGAUUUAGAUAACACCUACCUGCGGGGUGUUUCAAUAAGCAGCCAGCCACAGUUGGCCGGAUAACUCGGAAUAAACCCGUAAAAGAUGAAGUGAGUUUUGUAAACGGUCAAUUUGAUAAAUAACAGUUCAGUCAUGGAUCCAGUAUGUAGUUAUGUUACGUUAUCUCGCUAACAUGGUGUUCAUUGAAAUACCCACAAUUCUACUGACAUUGUAUUAUCUCUUUUUAAAGUUGUUUCUAUUUUUAUUCAUGACAUGUUUUCAUUGUUGCUUUCUCUCUCCUUGUAAAGUGUCUUUGAGUAUUUAGAAAAGUGCUAUACAAAUAAAAUGUUUUAUUAUUAUCAC